AUGAGUCAUCGCGCGAAGGUAAUGCCGGGAAGAACAUUUCGAUUCAAUGAGUGUGCAUGUACACCAUACAAUGCCGAUUUCGACGGAGAUGAAAUGAAUUUGCAUUUGCCACAAACAUAUGAAGCGAAAGCUGAAGCAAGUGAGCUCAUGAAUGUGAAGAACAACUUGAUCACACCUCGUUCUGGAGAACCAUUAGUUGCUGCCAUUCAAGAUUUCAUUACUGGAGGAUACUUGCUCACCCACAAAGACACUUUCCUUCCGAGAGCUGAAACAAAAAUAAGAAUUCCACCACCAGCUAUCAGAAUACCAGUGGAACUUUGGACUGGAAAACAGCUCAUCGAACUCAUUAUUCGCCCCGACAAAGGAUCUCAGAUCUCACUAAAUCUUACUGCGAAAAAUAAGUCGUAUUCAGGAAAUUUAGAGCUGUGCUCGAAAGAUUCCUAUGUUAUCAUUCGAAAUUCGGUUCUCCUGGCUGGUGUCCUGGAUAAGUCUCUUCUUGGAUCUUCAUCAAAAGUAAACAUUUUCUAUAUGUUAAUGAGAGAUUACGGAGAAGAUGCAGCAGUUGAUGCAAUGUGGAGAUUAGCACGAAUGGCUCCAGUUUUCCUUUCGAAUCGAGGAUUCUCCAUUGGAAUCGGUGAUGUACGCCCCAGUGAAAGAUUGCUUCAAGAGAAAGGACAACUGGUUGACACAGGUUACGAACAAUGCGCUCAAUAUAUUCGUGAAUUAGAAGAAGGAAAGCUGAAAGCUCAACCAGGUUGUACUGAAGAAGAAACUCUUGAAGCUAUCAUUCUUCGUGAACUUUCAACGAUUCGUGAUCAUGCUGGACAAGUGUGUCUUCGUAAUCUUAGCAAGUAUAAUGCACCAUUGACAAUGGCUGUUUGUGGACUCACUCCAACUGAAUUCUUCUUCCAUACAAUGGGAGGACGUGAAGGUCUUGUCGAUACUGCUGUGAAGACUGCCGAAACUGGAUACAUGCAAAGACGUCUUGUCAAGUGUUUGGAGGAUCUCUGUGCAUCAUACGACGGCACCGUACGAUCUUCUGUUGGAGAUGUUAUCGAAUUCGUUUUCCGGAAACCUGAAGCUAUUACGUUUGCAAGAGGAUGCAAGAUUGUUGCUCAUGGAAAGACAAUGAUGGCAAUUAGACCACCUUCAACUAGUAAAUUGAGUAAAACAAUGACAAUGCAAAUGCUCAAAUACUCUCUCGGAAACGUUGUCAUUAAAGGAAUCUCUUCAGUCAAUCGUUGUGUCAUCCACGCUGACGAAAAGAAGGGAGACUUUUAUUCACUUCUUGUUGAAGGAACUGAUUUCCGAUCUGUUCUUUCUUCUGUUGGUGUUGAUCCAAGAAAAACUAAUUUCAAUAAUGCUCUUGUGGUAGCUGAAGUUCUUGGAAUUGAAGCUGCUCGGACAUGCAUUAUCAAUGAAAUUAUUGCGACUAUGGAUGCUCACGGAAUCGGUUUGGAUAGAAGACACGUUAUGCUUCUCGCCGAUGUUAUGACCUAUCGAGGAGAAGUGCUGGGAAUCACUCGAAACGGCCUUGUCAAUAUGAAGGAUUCAGUUCUUCUUUUCGCGUCAUUCGAAAAGACGAUGGAUCAUUUGUUUGAAGCAGCCUUCUUCUCGCAGAGAGAUGUGAUUCACGGCGUCUCUGAGUGCUGCAUCAUUAUGGGAACCCCGAUGACUGUCGGUACUGGAACCUUCAAGUUGAUGCAGAAGCACGAAAAGAAAGCAAUACUCAAACAGAAUUCGCCAAUUUUUCAGCGCCCCGAGACAACUAUCACCCUUUAA